AUUUUAAUGGUAAUAAUACAGCGCAGUGUGGGUGUUGGUAAUUGUCCUCUGUGGAGUUUUGAGAAAGCGUGGAUUUCUUUUCAUUAUUCCUUGCUGGAAAGCAAACCGGUAUUUCGUUCAGGUUUUCGGUCGGACAGCAUUUGAAGUUGCACAAAGGGGCGUGAUGCUAUGGCGCUGUCCAGGUGGAGAGUCAUAACAUCUUGAGAGUGUGGACACGUCGUAGAGGGGACUCAGGGUAACGGAUUUCAGGAGAGAUGGUGCUGUUUGGGCGUUUAAAUUAAACCAGGAUAGCAUAUGAACAGAAUCUUGCUGGAAUUACUGUAUUUGAGCAGAGGAUUGGUUGUCUGAAGCCUUCUGCCAUUAUAAGGUAGAGCGAUGGAGGAGGAGCAGAAAGAUAAUGCCAUCAGUAGUCCCCAAACUUUUGUGGAGGUGAAACAGAAUGGAUUUGGAAAUGCAACAGAUUCACUCCUAAGUGGUUGCGAUCGGAAUCACAUUGAGAAAAAUGCCCAGGAGACAGUCGACCUGAAGCACAAGUGUGCCGCCUAUGUUCUGGCCCUGAGACCGUGGAGUUUUAGUGCUUCUCUGACUCCUGUAGCUCUGGGCAGUGCACUGGCGUAUAAAUCGGAAGGGACCAUCAAUAUUUUGAUAUUGCUGGUGUGUGCCGUGGCGGUGUUGGUGGUCCACGGGGCUGGGAAUCUGGUCAACACUUACUAUGACUUCUCCAAAGGGAUUGACCACAAGAAGAGUGAUGACAGGACGCUGGUGGACCAGAUUCUGGAGCCACAAGAUGUGGUCAUGUUUGGAGCUGUGCUUUACUCCCUGGGCUGUUUGUGUGCAACUUGCUUGUAUUUUUUGUCCACUUUGAAACUAGAGCAUCUUGCCCUCAUUUACUUUGGGGGCCUCUCAAGUUCCUUCCUUUAUACUGGAGGCAUCGGGUUGAAAUACGUGGCUCUGGGCGAUGUGGUCAUCCUGAUCACCUUUGGACCGCUGGCUGUCAUGUUUUCCCAUGCAGUUCAAGUCGGCUAUCUGUCUGUUUUGCCGCUGGUCUACGCCAUUCCCCUGGCCCUGAACACUGAAGCUAUCUUGCAUAGUAACAACACAAGAGACAUGGAUUCAGACAAACAGGCUGGGAUAGUCACCCUGGCCAUUCUCAUUGGACCUACGCUGUCUUACGUGCUGUACAAUCUGUUGCUGUUCGUCCCCUAUAUUUUGUUCUCCAUUCUCGCAACGCGGUAUACGAUUAGCAUGGCGUUGCCGCUUCUCACUGUGCCCAUGGCUUUUCCCCUGGAGAAACAGUUCAGGAGUCAGUGCUACACCAAGAUUCCUCAGAAGACUGCAAAGCUCAACCUGUUAAUGGGGCUGUUUUAUGUGUUCGGUAUUAUAUUAGCUGCACCAGGCAGUCUGCCCAGGCUGUAAUUUCAAGAAGAUGUGUUAAUUGUAACUAAUAAUCAUUUGAUAUGCAUUUAUGUAAUUUAAACUUUUGGCUUUACUUCUGUUGGUAACAAAUACGGGUUUAAUAUAUUUUUUAGCUUUCUGUUAAUAGCAAAAACAAAAAGGAUUUUUUGAGAACUGCGAAGGCUAAAACUCAGCUGAUUUAUAAUUGAAAGCUUUUGUAUGGUCAUUAUGAAAAAAAUAUUUAUUAUUUUGACUCUAAUUUCAUAAAACUGGUAUACAGGUAGAAAAAAUAUUUGAAUACAGAUUUUUGACCUUAGGAAGUAAAGCAUUUCUAUGUGUUUUAAUAUACAGUACGGUAGCACAGUUGCUACAAUUACAUGUUUCGCUUAAUAUAUUCUGUAAAAAAAAUUAAAAUAAAAUAAAGUUUGUACAAAGAUCCAUAUUAUAAUUAAACUCUACUACACUUCAGUAUUUAAUUACUGUCAAACAACUGUUUCAUACACAUCUAUCACAUGUGUCCUGCCUCAAUUAUCUUUGAAAAAGUCCCCAUUCACCCAAACUAAGUAAUGCGUGCUCUGCACCAGUCAUAUGCAACUUGUCACACAAUUUGUACAAAACAAAUAAUACUGCAAGUCAGA